UUCCGGCCAGUGACGCACUUCCACUUUGCUAGGCGCGCGGUUCCCGGUCUGAAAAGCAGAACGCGGAUUUGGCUAGGGCCUCGCGUCUCCGCAGCCCGGCAUGGCCUCCUCACGAGCCUCCUCCACGACAACCAAAACCAAGGCGCCUGAUGAUUUAGUUGCUCCCGUUGUGAAGAAACCACACAUCUACUAUGGAAGCUUGGAAGAGAAAGAGCGGGAACGCCUGGCCAAAGGAGAGUCUGGGAUUUUGGGAAAAGAAGGACUCAAAGCAGGCAUUGAAGCAGGAAAUAUUAAUAUAACAUCCGGAGAAGUGUUUGAGAUUGAAGAGCACAUCAGUGAGCGGCAGGCAGAAGUCUUGGCGGAGUUUGAAAGAAGAAAGCGAGCCCGGCAGAUCAAUGUGUCCACAGAUGACGCAGAGGUCAAGGCUUGCCUUAGAGCCUUGGGAGAGCCUAUCACACUUUUUGGAGAGGGCCCUGCUGAACGAAGAGAAAGGCUAAGAAAUAUUCUCUCAGUGGUCGGGACUGAUGCCUUAAAAAAGACCAAAAAGGAUGAUGAAAAGUCUAAGAAGUCAAAGGAGGAGUAUCAGCAAACCUGGUACCAUGAAGGGCCAAAUAGCCUGAAGGUGGCCAGAUUGUGGAUUGCUAAUUAUUCUCUCCCCAGGGCAAUGAAACGCUUAGAGGAGGCCCGUCUCCAUAAGGAGAUUCCCGAGACAACCAGAACCUCCCAGAUGCAGGAGCUUCACAAGUCUCUCCGGUCUUUGAAUAAUUUCUGCAGUCAGAUUGGAGAUGACCGGCCGAUCUCCUACUGUCACUUCAGCCCCAAUUCUAAAAUGCUAGCCACAGCUUGUUGGAGUGGGCUCUGCAAGCUCUGGUCUGUCCCUGACUGCAGCCUCCUUCACACGCUUCGAGGCCAUAACACAAAUGUAGGAGCAAUUGUAUUCCAUCCCAAAUCCACUGUCUCAUUGGACCAGAAAGAUGUCAACCUGGCCUCUUGUGCUGCUGAUGGUUCUGUGAAGCUUUGGAGCCUUGACAGUGAUGAACCAGUGGCAGAUAUUGAAGGCCAUACAGUGCGUGUAGCUCGGGUUAUGUGGCAUCCAUCAGGGCGUUUCCUGGGCACAACCUGUUAUGACCGUUCAUGGCGCUUAUGGGAUUUAGAGGCUCAAGAGGAGAUCCUGCACCAGGAAGGCCACAGCAUGGGUGUGUAUGACAUUGCCUUCCAUCAAGAUGGCUCUUUGGCUGGCACUGGGGGACUGGAUGCAUUUGGCCGAGUUUGGGACCUACGCACAGGACGCUGCAUUAUGUUCCUAGAAGGCCACCUGAAGGAAAUCUAUGGGAUCAAUUUCAGCCCCAAUGGCUACCACAUUGCCACUGGCAGUGGUGACAACACCUGCAAAGUGUGGGACCUUCGACAGCGACGCUGUGUCUACACCAUCCCCGCCCAUCAGAACUUAGUGACCGGUGUCAAAUUUGAGCCUAUCCAUGGGGACUUCUUGCUCACAGGUGCCUAUGACAACACAGCCAAGAUCUGGACCCACCCAGGCUGGUCCCCACUGAAGACCCUGGCUGGUCAUGAGGGCAAAGUGAUGGGCCUGGACAUCUCUUCUGAUGGGCAACUCAUAGCCACGUGCUCCUAUGACAGAACCUUCAAGCUCUGGAUGGCAGAAUAGGCCAGACCAUGGAAGAACUCAGACCUUGUGUUCUCACUACGGAGCCAUUUUCCUCAAAGGAAAAGAAUUGUGUUCUAUCAUGUUUCCUGCCAAAUACCAUGUGUAGGAUUGGAUUUUCACAUCAGCCCACUUCUGAGGAAGCCAGUCUUUAGGUGGUAGCAAGCCCUUCGUGGUUAAAACAAAAUUCUCAUCUCAGGUUCUGCCAUAAACUGUAGAUGUUGUAUAGACUCAACACUUUUCAGUGGCCUGCCUCCUCCCUCACACUCGGGACUGUGACUGUUCUUUCAUUUUUGUUUUUAUAGUUGACAUUUUGAGACAGAGUCUGUAUGUAUAGCCCUGACUGUCCUGGAACUUGGUAUACAUGUCAGGAAGCCUUACAUUGUGAGAGCCUCCUGUCCUGCCCUUCGAGUGAUGGCAUUAUGGAAAUGUGCUGCUGUGCCUGGCAGUUUGAACUUGGCUCUCUAUAACAUUGCAUGUGCUUGCGACUACAGGUGAUUCAACGAGCAAGAUAGCUAGACAUGCUGGGCAGUGGUGGCGCAGGCUUUUAAUUCCAGCUUGGGAGGCAGAGGCGGGUAGAUCUCUGAGUUUGAGGACAGCCUGGUCUACAGAGCAAGUUCAAGGACAGCCAGGGCUACACAGAGGAAACCCCGUCUCAGGGGGGGGGGGAAAACUGUAUUUGUAAUCUCCCCAGUUAUGAGGGCAUGUCACUGCCAUUUGUUGAGCAGUGCCUGGCAGCGAGCUCCUUUCCUGACGCCGAGAAUGAGACCGGAGCCAUAGACUGCGGCUGUGUGAUAGCUCCACAGUAAAGAUUUUCCCCUGCUGUGGUAGUCACGGAGGAUGUUCACUGCAGCUGGGACUCAGAACUGCACACUUGGCCUUGUUAGAGCCAAGUUAGAGCCUCUUCCUUUUGGCUUUGAAGUUCGAUAGCCUUCAUGACAAAACAAUCUGGCCAUUGUAUCCAGAUUCAAAGGAGUUUUUAAAAACAAACAUGAUGUCUGUUAUACAGCCUCCUUCCUGUUGGUUAUUUAAAGGAUGUACCUUAUGUAUUAAAGAACACUUGAUGUCAAAGUAACUGGAAAAAAUCCUAAUUUAUGUUUGGGUGUUACCAAACAUAAACUCCUUUUAUAUAUAAAUACAUACAUACAUACAUACACACACACUUGCUGAGAGUAAAAUCUUAGUAUAAAAACUCUUUCAACGGAUUUUUCAACAUUUUAUGAACCUAACCAUUUGUCCAAAGAGAUCCCCUUCUUUAGUUUUGAGAUCCAAUGUAAUUCUAGGCCUGAAUUGUUCCAGUUUCUGUUACUUUAUUCAGAUGUUUAUAGUGGUGUUUUCUGGUUUUUUUGAGGGGGUUGAGGAAGUAGGUUUUUAUGAGACAGGGUCUUACUGUGUUGCUCAGAUUGACCUCAGACUCUUAAUCCUCCUGCCUCUGCAUCUCGAGUCCUGUACGUUGCAGGUGUAAGCCAUCAGUCACAUCCAGGCACUAACCGCUUCUUUACCUAGAGUUGUUGGUCUAGGAGAGCAUCAGGUUGCCAGGUGUGUCUUGGGCUCCAUAGUUCUUCCUCGUCAGUCAGUGGUUGACUUCACCUCGCUGCACUCCAGAACUGCACAGUAAAUCCGCACAGAACAGUAGUUGCGGAGAAAGUUGUGUAUGGUGUAAAAUUAGCUCUCCAGUAUUGGAAAUUUAUAUUCCACCAGCUUCCUGUUCUGCCCUGCUCUUCUGUAGAUCAUGGAUAUGUGGUAUAUAACAAAACAUUUGGGGAGGGGCUCUGGUUUCUCUGUGCAGCCCUGGCUGUCCUAGAACUCACUGUAGACCAAACUGGCCUCAAACUCAGAGAUCCACCUGCCUCUGCCUUCUAAGUUAAAAGUAUGCUCCCCACACCCAGCUAAAUGUGAUUCCAGACCUAGCCAAGUCUAUUCCCUGUGUGGCUGUUAUGCCACUCAGGCCUCCCCUUCACUUGGCACUUAACCACCCUUGACCUGUCCUAUUUCCAUUAUAGUGUGAUACGAAAUUACCUUUUUCUUGACAUCUUACCGUGUUUGUAAAAUGAUGAGACCGGCAUAGAGCCCUGCAUUUCGGAUCUAGCACACCACCAAGUUUUGAUUGCUCUGGUCAAAACCUUACUAGGAAAUUUUCAGUUGAGAAUUCGAGUUGGAAAUGUUCCAUGUAAGCCUUAGGCGGAGCAAGUGUUUGGGGAAGUAAUCCAUUUCCUCAACCAUUGUUAAGAAAAUAGUGGGUUCUGAAUGGCAGAACCACUGUCGUUUAACCCUACCUCCAUGGUGCAUCGGGCACAUUAAGAGAAUUCCUUCUUUUAAGGUUGCUGGGUGGACUCGAAUAACUGCUGAAUUACCCAGCUGUAAGCGGUGGAACUAUGUGAACAUGUAUGAAGUGAUUGCACAGUGCUUUAUGGAGAAUGUUGGCCAUUGGCAAAACCAGGACUGGGCAUGUGGCCUGAUUGCUGGCCGGUCAGCCUUUCCACCUUUCUGCCUGUGGACGCCAUGGACAAAUCACUGACUUUAUGAACAGUGGACUUUCCCACUCCCGUGUCUUGAUUUGGAGCCUGCUGCUGCUUAGCAGAGUUGAGUCUUAGGAUAGGUGACACUUCUUAGGCACCGCUGCAGGUCUCCAUCCCUAACCUAAGCACACCCAGUGUAAGUGCUGCCAGUGUGUUUCUAGGUGCCCUGUAAGUGGGUGAGACUGCUUGCUAGGAUUUGAUUCUGAAAUAUCCCAGAACUGUUGCGCCAUUAAACCCUCAGGACACAGGACCUGGCUGGUGCAAAUAAGUCAGCAACAAAGGGUUGUUGAAAGUUUAGCCCAGCUUCUAUCUCCAGCUGCCCUCUGCUUCCUGGUACGCUGUGAUUGGUGAACAUCUGCUACAAGCUCUGUACCCUCUGAAACCUUGAGCCCCAGUCAACCUCCUUCCUGUGGUCUCUAACAGGUAUUGUCACAGUGACAUAAAAGUGACCAACACUGCCCCAAGGUUAGAACUAACAAAUGCUAAGUAGGGGCUAAGAUCCUAACCCUCUGUCUCAAAAAAAAAAAAAAAAAAAAGGAGGGAGGGAAGGAAGGAAAAUCUGCUGAGUAUAACCACAAACCACUGGUUUUUGUGUCCCUGGCAUCCCAAGAAUGUAAGUUGUGUUCUGAAGCAAAGGGCUCCAAGGUUAACCCUGGGCUGAGCCUCAGCGCCAUCUGCUUCCUUGGAGCAGGGACUCUGGAGGAGGAGAAAUGUUCCUUCUUGGGCUUUUACCAGGUCUUCUCUGCCCCUGUCCCUCUUAGUUCAUAGAGUACAGAGAGAUGGUUGCCAGACGUACUUGCUACAAAGCUAAGCAAAAAAAAAAAAAAAAAAAA